AUGACCAGCAGGGCUGCAGCUAUGGACAGAGAGAUCAACCCAGAAGCGAUCAGGUUGCUCCAUUUCCUGAACCAGGAUUCCAGGAAGCUGGUGAAGGGGUGGUCGAUGCUGGAAUUCACAGCCAGCUCCUCGGAUAAAGCUGUCAGUCCUUCAAGGGCCUUGGUGAUGCUGCCAUCUGGGGAAGUGUUCAGAAGCAGUACAAACACUGGAAGCCUGAGUUUUAACAAAAGGAAUUCUACACCUCCCUGCCGCCCUUCUUCCCUUGCACUGUUUCAGGUCUUUGAUGAUGCUUAUAAGUCCCAGCUCAGCUGUGUGGUGGUGGAUGAUAUUGAGCGUCUGCUGGACUACUUCCCCAUUGGCCCUCGUUUCUCCAACCUGGUCCUUCGGGCUCUAUUGGUGCUGCUGAAGAAAGCUCCACCCAAGGGUCGGAAGCUGCUCAUCAUCGGCACCACCAGCAGGAAGGAUGUACUGCAGGAGAUGGAGAUGUUGGAUGCCUUCAGCACAACAAUCCAUAUUCCCAACAUCUCUACUGGGGAGCAGUUAGUCGACGCCUUAGAGCUACUGGGGAGCUUCACAGAUAAAAAGCGGGCCAGCAUCGCACACCAGCUCAAAGGAAAACGUGUGUGAAUCGGCAUCAGGAAG